UAAAACCUUCAUGCUGCCAGUUAUCGCGCUUCGGCUUUCGUGGCUGUUUUAUCUGUGCAAAAUACUUUUUGUUUUUUAUUCUUAUUUUUGUAUUAACGGCUCAUACUUUUUGUAUAGUUUGUGCAGAGCUGUGUUUUCGUGAAAUUAUCACAAGCUUGGAUGCAGUGUGGUUGGAUAAAAGUUCAACAGUGCUUGAGUAAACGUGACUUGGUAGAAGAACUGAGAUUUUGCUUGGGUCAUUCAUUAAGUUGAUGGUCCUUCACAAGUUGUACUAUAGGAGUCGUGCAAGAAGCUAAUGUAGAUUCUUGAUUGCUUCACGCUAUAAAAGUAGUCGACUUGAAAGAUUCGCUUUUGAGACUUAGUUGAGAGGAAAUUCUGCAGUGAUGGCAGAGAUUAAAGACCGAGGGCAUAGACCAUAGAUGUGUUCAAUAUGGCGGCGUACGGUCGUGAGCGCGUUGCUGAACUGCGUGCUGAUGAAGAAACUUAAGAGUGCCGUGAGGAGUUGGCGAAGAAUGCGACUGUUCCGUAAACAUGAUGAUCUGUCGAUGACGCGUCAAGUAUCGACUGACCCGGCUCCUUCCACUUCGGGCACUCCUGCGCACCACCCGAGGCCUCCACCGGUGGAACUGUUACAAUUGGAAACCGACGAAGGUCAGAGAUUACGCGAACAACAAUUGAGACAGUAUGCUUUCUUUCAACUACGUAUCCACUUGAAAAGGGGACAAAACUUAAUCGCUAUGGACAAAAACGGUUUGUUGUCAGGAACGAGUGACCCCUAUGUGAAGUUCAAGUCUGGAGGGAGGCUACUACACAAGUCGAGGAUUGUGUACAGGGACUUGAAUCCGGUAUGGGAUGAAUGCUUUACUGUGCCAAUCGAAGAUCCAUUUCUUCCAGUACAAUUGAAGGUCUUUGAUUAUGACUGGGGCUUGCAAGAUGACUUCAUGGGUUCCUGCCACCUCGACCUGACGGCCCUUGAGCUGGGCAGGCCUCAAGACCUGGUGCUAUGCCUCCGGGACCCGAACAAGCCAACCCAGGACUUAGGGGAGAUUGUCCUGAAUGUCACGCUUUGGCCUAAAUCGCAGGAAGAUAAAGAACAGUAUUUGAUGAAGAACACCCGCCUCAGCGAUGUGAACAAGCGCCUGAAGGCGCAGAUCUGGAGUUCGGUGGUGACCAUCGUGCUGGUGGAAGCCAAGAACCUGCCGCCCAUGGACUUGGACACCAGGUCCAGCGACCCUUACUGUAAGUUUAGGUUAGGCAACGAGAAAUACAAGAGCAAAGUGGUAUGGAAAUCUCUGCAUCCUUCGUGGCUGGAGCAGUUCGAUUUACACCUGUACGAUGACCAGGAGCAGGUCUUGGAGGUCACGGUGUGGGACAAGGACAAACAGACGAAGGACGAUUAUAUAGGACGGUGUACAAUAGACUUAUCGAAAUUGGAAAGGGAGAAAACGCACAACAUAUGGCAAGAUCUCGAGGAUGGCAACGGACAAAUAUUCCUCUUGCUGACUAUCAGUGGGACUACGCAAUCGGAGACUAUUACAGACCUGGGUAGUUACAGGGAGAACCCGAGGGAUAGGGAGAUUGUGGAGAGGCGAUAUGCCUGGUACCAUCUCAACGAGAACGCCAGCGGCGUGGGGUGGCUGUGUGUCAAAGUGUUCGGUGCCAAAGGCUUGGCGGCUGCCGACUUGGGAGGCAAAUCCGACCCAUUCUGCGUACUUGAAUUGGGAAACGCGAGGUUACAAACGCACACUGAGUACAAAACGCUAACCCCAAACUGGAUGAAGAUAUUUACGUUCACAGUAAAAGAUAUAAGUUCAAUGUUAGAAUUAACCGUCUACGAUGAAGAUCAUGACCAUAAAGUAGAGUUUCUAGGUAAACUUGCUGUCCCACUGUUAAGCAUUAGAAACGGUGAAAAACGCUGGUACGCACUAAAAGACAAGAAGAUGAGAGCUCGGGCGAAAGGGAAUUACCCGCAGAUACAAUUAGAGAUGACUGUGAUAUGGAACCCGUUAAAAGGUGCAAUUCGAGUAAUCAAUCCAAAGGAGCCUAAAUAUAUGCAUCAAGAAGCUAAGUUCAAGAGACAACUUUUCAUAAGGAAUGUUAUGAGAUUAAAAGCAAUUAUCAUGUGGUUCAUAGAGGUUGGAAAAAUUUUACAAGACUGUUUUGAAUGGGAAUCAAGGGUGCAAUCGUUUCUUGGUCUCCUUGUGUGGCUGGUUUUUUGCUAUUAUUACCAAAUGUGGAUGUUACCUUUUCUUAUUCUCAUCUUUUUUGGAAGGAAUUGGCUUAUAUAUAGACUUACUGGUGGCAAUCCUUUACUAAUGCCGGUUGAUGAUGAUGAUUUGUUGGCAGAAGAAGACGAUGAUGAAGAAGCAGAUAAGGAGGAAAAAAAGUCACUAAAAGAAAGAUUACAAGCAAUACAAGAGGUAACACAAACGGUCCAAAAUGCUAUAGGUUACGUAGCAUCGUUGGGAGAAGCUGUUAAAAAUUUAAUGAACUUUACUGUGCCAUAUCUAAGUUACUUAGCAAUAAUCAUGUUAUUUGGAGCAAUGUUCGUGUUAUAUUUGAUACCAUUGAGAUACCUUCUAAUGGCGUGGGGUAUCAAUAAAUUUACUAGGAAAAUUUUACGUCCACAUACAAUACCUAACAACGAAGUAUUAGACCUUUUAUCAAGAGUACCUGAUGACGAAACAUUGUUGGACUGUAGAGAAAUAAAACCACAACCUCACAAUGAGCACCGGCGAGAUGCAAGAAAGAAACACAAAGCUGCAUAACACAACUCCACUACGGUCCGCCAAAGGAUCAAACAAUACUUCUCCAAGUUAUUUUAUAACAGGGAUUAUAGUGAACUUUAAGCAUUAUUAUAAUAUUGUAAAAAAAUCCUUUUUAUGAUUAUUGCAGUGGGUUAUAAGCAAUAAGGAAGAAUAAGUUAUGAUGUGAAUUUUCACAAUAAUAUUUAAAUAGCACUCCAAAAACAGAUAAAUCCAUCCCUAAAUCUAAAAUUAAAUAAGGAUCCAGAAGUGAGUACCUGAUGAAAAACCAUUUUGUUAGAAUUCCCUAAUGUUUUAACAAAAUUAUUCGAGUUCGUCCAUGUCUCGUUUGUUACUUUUACGUGACGGAAUAGUUAUUACAAGAAUGCAAAAAAUUAUGGUGACAUAAUAUCUGAUAUUUACUUGCAGCAGUUUUGUUUAAGAUACAUGAUAUUGUUACAUGAAAGUCCCAAUGUGAAAACCUGUUAGAUUGUUAUAAUAAAAUUUAGAUAGGAUUUAUAUGAACAUUUUGUAAAAAUGUUACAAUUUUGUUAUAUUUAAAUACCGAUUUAGAAUAGUUUACCAAAUAUUCAUAGAAGUAUAUAGUAAGUUAUCUUUGACAGCUCCAAGUCUACAUCUACUCCUUCACUCAUAAAAUAUAUAAACUUAACAAUAUUAAUAAUAAUGCAAUAGUAUAAGACUGAGACCAAUCUCAUUGAUAGUUACGAUAGAUAGAAAAUAUUUAUAGAUUCAAAGUUUUAUAUUAAUAUGUAUAGUUUGUUGUUGUCUUUAUUCAUUCCAAAAGUAACUUUCUUCUAGGUAAACUAAGUCCGAUAUGUCUUUUAUCUAGUAUUAUAAUAUAGUAUUUCACCUUGACAUUCUAACUUAAAAAAGGCAUAUAACGUAUUCUUUCUUCAAUGACAUCAUACUUUAUCAAAUAUAUUAACAAAAAUAAGCGUUUUCAUCUAUAGUAUACGACAGGCUUAUUCAACUUUACGUAAUCAAUAAUGUUCCUUAUUAUUUUGAAUUUGUUUCAGAAUUGAUAAUCUUCUACUAUAAACAUAAACUAAAUGCAUUUCAUUAUUUCUAGUCAAUUUCUUCUUAAAACGGGACGUUCCUUAAUAGUAGAUAAUAAAAAUAAUAAAAUGACAUUUUACUCACGCACAGCUUAGGUAAUCACUAUCUUCAUUAUAGCACAAUGCACAUAACGAUAAAAUCAUAAAUUCUAAAUCAUGUUAUUGUAAAUAACCGCCGCAUAAAUUGUGAUAAAUUAGUAUUUAUAGAUUGUAUUUUAGAUAAAAUUAGUCUUAAGACUUAGUUUUUAAAAUUAUUUUGCUAUAACAACAUUCAAAUAUUGUCAAUCGAAACUUUUUAUCUGAGUAGCUUAAAAAAUUAGGAAUGAUACAACACCAAAGAUUUUUCUCAUAAAAUUACCUAAAUCUCAUGUGUAAUUCCUCAUAUUGUUGUAAUGUCUGCUUUUGUUACUGUCUGUAAAUGCAAUUCGAUUGCUACACAGAAUAAAAUAAUGAAAUCCUAUUAUAUUAUUUAAAAUUCAAAGAAUCUUUAUGGUCUUCCCUGCAAUCUUCUGUGUUUUUUUUUUUAUUUUGGUUUCUAGAUAGUUGGCAGAUAAUUUACUGCAGCAUCUGUUUAUGUACUCCCUAGUUGAAAAAUGCUUGUUAAAUGUUAAAUUAGCACCAAGAUACAUUUAUUUCCAAAUAUUUUGUAUUCUAUUAAUAAGUCAAUUAUUCUCCUCAGCUUUGUAUUCAGUGCCAGCUUUCGGUAGGUACUUCACAUUUUUAUCACAUAGAAUCAUGAUGAGUUAUUAAAAUAUCAUUUUAUGCAUUCCGAUCAACAACAAUACAUGUUAAUCAUGUAUGAUCCAUUUGAAAUUUCAAUAAUUUUCACAUAGGUAGUUCUUUAUAAUUGUCUCAUCAAAAGGGAAACUAAAAUAGGUAUGUAUUUAUUCAAAUUCAUUGAUAUGGGAAAAUAAGCUAUGAUGCAAACUGUCAAAAUAAAUAUUAAAUGCACUUCAAAGACAAAUAUCUCGAAAUCGUAUAUUGUAAUCGUUUUUUAGAAUAUUGGUAUCAAUAUUCUCUGAAUUUAUUUUAACUACUGAAAAGUUAGUUUUUUAUGACUAAAAUGAUGAUUCAACAUCUAAGAAUUUAAUUCUAUUAUCGCACUUAUUCUUUCUGUAAAUGUUCAGACAGGCACAUUAUUACCACAAAUUGAAAAGUUUUUGAAUCUUAAAUGAAAAGCAAUAAAAACCUCUUAGUCAACCAGAUAAUUUCGAAAGUGUUGGAUAACUUGACUUAUUAUGUGACUGCCUGUACUAAAAGAACGUUAAUAUUACUCAUAUCUUGACAAUCUACUGGUUAAAUACAUUUACGAUUCGCACUGCAUAAUAAUUAUUACCUACCUGUUUUAUUUGCCCAUUUGUUUAAACUAGUUAUAAGAAGGCAGACAUUUAAGAAUAUAAUAUUUUUUCUAUCUCUUCCAAUCAAACGCAUUGUUUUAGAUCAUAAGUUUUAUGAAUUAUAUAUUGAAGCACAAAAAAGUGAUGAAAAUGUUAAUGCUUUCAUAUUUUAAAAUAUUAAAAAGAGAUGUG